AUGAGUAUUAGCGCAGUGACAAAAAGGACAGUGGGGAGAAUUCCACUCGCUUUUGAGCUACACAAUCCCAGAAAAGGUAUACACUUAUUGACUGAAAGUCCAAUCAUUUUCCUGCAUGGCUUCCUCGGCUCAAAACGAGAAAAUAGGCCCGAUCUACGAAAUCAUGGAGACUCAGGCCAUCAUCCAAAACAUGACUAUAUGGAGAUGGCAUUGGACAUUAAAUAUUUUAUAGAAAAGCGUCAACUUGGACAGGCCACUAUCAUUGGACACUCGAUGGGCGCAAAAGCAGCUUUAUCACUAGCUCUCCACUCGCCACAUCUGGUUAAAGAUGUAGUUGCCGUUGAUAAUUGUCCCAUAGAGCUGCCUCUGACUCCAGACUUCUUGAAAUACGUCGAAGCAAUGGAAAGCGUGAAUGAGGCCCAAGUCCGAACGCACAAAGAGGCCGAUGAAAUUCUGAAAGAUAUCGAACCAUCACCAACGAUACGACUGUGGCUACUGAGCAACUUUGUGAAAGAUAAUGAUCUUCCAUUUUUAAAAUGCAGAGUCCCUCUUGAUACCCUGCAGAUGUCGAUCGGCCCAUUGGGAGACUUUCCCUAUAAGAACGAAUCGAUCAGUUUCCCAAGACCUGUCCUCUUUCUUCGGGCAUUGCAAAGUCCAUUUAUACCUGAUACUGCUUUUCCACUUAUUAGGUCUUUCUUUCCUUGUUCUAAAGUCGUCGAUAUUGAUUGUGGCCACUGGGUUGUUCAGGAGAAGCCAGCAAUCUUUAGAGAAGGUAUGCUCCAGUAUUGGGAAACAAGACUUUAA